CUCGACUCGGAGAUGCAUUCUUUUUUUGAUGAGAGGCAUCUCUAGGUACCACUCCUGAUCUGGUCCUCAUGCUGCCAAGGCUGUUGCUGUUGAUCUGUGCUCCACUCUGUGAACCCACUGAGCUGUUGCUGACAGCCAGCCCCUCCCACCCCACAGAGGGGAGCCCGGUGACCCUGACCUGUGAGAUGCGCUCUCCACAGAGGUUAAAUGCCCAGUUCCAAUUCUGCUUCUUCAGCGAUUCCAGGACCUUGAGCCCGGGCUGGAGCAGCUCCCCCAAGCUCCAGAUCGCCGCCAUGUGGAAAGAAGACUCAGGGUCUUACUGGUGCGAGGCACAGACAAUGACAUCCAAAGUCUUGAUGAGCCAGAGAACCCAGAUAAACGUGCAAAGAAUCCCUGUCGCCGAUGUGAGCUUGGAGACUCAGCCCCCAGGAGGACAGGUGAUGGAGGGAGACAGGCUGGUCCUCAUCUGCUCAGCGGCUACAGGCACAGGAAAUAUUACCUUCCUUUGGUACAAAGGGGCCACAGGUUUAAACCUUCAGACAAAGACCCAGCGUUCACUGACAGCAGAGUAUGAGAUCCCUACAGUGAGGGAGAGCGAUGCCGAGCAAUAUUACUGUGUAGCUGAAAAUGGCUACGAUCCCAGCCCCAGUGGGCUGGUGAGCAUCACCAUCAGAAUUCCGGUGUCUCGCCCCAUCCUCACGAUCAGGGCUCCCAGAGCUGAGGCUGUGGUGGGGCAUGUGCUGGAGCUUCACUGCGAGGCCCGGAGAGGCUCUCCCCCAAUCCUGUACUGGUUUUAUCAUGAGGAUGUCACCUUUGGGAGCAGCUCGGCCCCCUCUGGAGGAGGAGCCUCCUUCAACCUCUCCCUGACUGCAGAACAUUCUGGAAACUACUCCUGUGAGGCCGACAAUGGCCUGGGGGCCCAGCGCAGUGAGGCGGUGACACUCGACUUCACAGGGCCUACAGGAGACAGAAGCAAUCAUCUUACCUCGAGAGUCAUUGAGGGGCUGCUCGGCACCCUUGGACCUGUGACCGUGGCCUUAUUAUUUUGCUAUGGCCUCAAAAGAAAAAUAGGAAGACGUUCAGCCAGGGAUCCAAUCAGGAGCCUUCCCAGCCCUGUACCCCAAGAGUUCACCUACCUCAACUCAAACUCACCUACCCCAGGGCAGCUACAGCCUGUAUAUGAAAAUGUGAAUGUUGUAAGUGGGGAUGAGGUUUACUCGUUGGUGCACUAUAACCAGCAGGAGCAGGAAUCAGCAGCAGCAGAAACCCCAGGGGCACAUAGGGAGGACAAGGUUUCCUUAGACAUCUAUGCCAGGCCAAGGAAAGCGAACAUUACAGAUGUGGACUAUGAAGAUGCUGUGUAAGGUUACGGAAAAAUCUGCUCUUUGAAAACCAUCCUUGACACCAAGCCUCAGACCUGAUAUGUUCUUCAGAGAUCCUGGAGCACCAGCUUUCCAGUAGAUCUCUUCCGGGUGCCAUUCUCCA